CUGCCAUCCUCCCCCUUCAGUCACACCGGGGAACGGCUCAUGGCGGCUCCGGGGCCCGAACUCAACCGCUGUUUAAACUUGGAUCAGUUCCCGAACCGAACCGAACUCCAUUUACAAGCUACCGGACUUUAGCUCUGAGCUAGCUUAAGCCACAUUAGCCUCCCAGCAGUGGAGCCUAAAACACGACGUGGACCGCGGGAACCGGAGCUAAAGCAGCGGGGCAGAGGCUCCCCGAAGGACCAACAUUUCUUAACCUUUAACCUUUGACCUCUAACCUAAAACCUCCAUCAGCGGCCGAGCAGAGUUUGGGCUCAGCUUUUGUUUACGUCGCAUCAACUCCAACCAAUCAGAGACCAACUCUUCUUUACUGCCCCCUACUGGAGUACAGCGCACUGGAGGCUCCAUAAAAAAUAAAUCCAAACUCAAAAUUCUAAUUCAAACAAACUUUAUUGAACCCAAAUGAAAAUCAAACCUUGUUGUAGCUCAUUAAUUCAGAUUCUUCAAAACGUUAUUGCCGAUGCUGAUGGCUGUUGCCAGGAAAGAUCUGCUGCAGCAGUCUGUAUUACAGUGACUCUGAAGAAGCCUCUGACUGAAGACGCUCUGUUUUUCCAAUACAAUCUCAUGAAGAGGAUAGUCAAAGUCUUUCCCCCUUUACGUCGUCCCCCGAAAAGAACCAGAACCAGAACAGAACCAGGACCAGAACAGAACCAGGACCAGAACAGAACCAGCCUUUUCAAAUCCCCGGUUCUGAUGCUGCUGCCCCAACAGAUGACAGUUUUUUAUAUUUUCAUCUGCUGGGAGAAGCGGAUUAGUGAGCCACAAUGCCUCCAAAGAAAGGCAAAAAGGGCAAAAAGGGGAAAGCCGGGAAGGUGAACCCCUUCAUGCUGUUGGACUCUGCGCCCAUACAAGACAUGUCCAAGGAUCAGUUGUGGGAUUUCGCCCUCCGCAUCCAGGAGGAGCUGGAAACGGUGAGGAAGGAGAAGAGCCUCUUCCAGCUGGAGCGGAACAAGACCCAGACCGUCUGGGAGACGACCAAGAAGAACCUGGAGGAGUCCGAGGUCGAGCUGAGGAGUACGACUGCAGAGAGGUCAGAGGUCGACGAGCAACACCGAGAGGAGAUGACUGUGAGUCUUCCACCGAUCCACUGGUCCUGCUGUUCUCCUGGUCCGAUCCUGACUGUGUCGGGUUUUCAGGUCUACAAGCAGAAGAUGAAGCACGUCCUGACCGAGCAGCACAACGCCGUCUCUGAGGUGAAGACGGACGCCGUCACGUCCCGCUCGCUGCAGCAGAAGCAGAACACGGACUUGGAGCUGGAUCUGCGGCGGCAGCUCCGGGAUCUGCAGAUGGACAACAAGGAGAAGAGGCUCCAGGAGCACAGCUCCAUCAAGAUGCUGAAGCUGAACCACCAGAGGGAGCUGAUGAGGCUCGGCGGCGAGUUUGAGCGCCGGAUGCAAGUGCUGGAGGUGCAGAAGCUGGUCACCACGCGGUCCCUGGCAGAGAUGUUCCAGAGGAAGCUGAUGAACGCUCUGACGGAGAUCGACACCUUCAGGAAAUGUCACCUGGUGUCUCUGAACAAGGAACACGACAGCAGGAGAGAACGGACGGAAGGGACGUUUGAGGAAUACCUGGAUACAAAGCACUACGAGCAGCACACCUGGAAGGGCGAGCUGAAGAAGCUGCAGAACCAGAAGCUGCGGUGGGAGAAGAAGAUCUCAGCAGCUCAGCAGGAGAACCAGCGUCUGAAGACGACGCUGCAGGAGGUCCAGCAGAAGCUGCCGGAGCUGCACAGACGGCUACAGGAGCACCAGCACUCCAAGCAGAGGAUGGAGGAGUACCGAGCUCAGCAGAAGCUGGUUGAUCAGGAGCUCAGAGACCUGACGGUGGAACACGAGCUGCUGCUGCAGGCCUUCCACAAGGUGCAGCAGGAGCGUGACGAGCUGCUGAGGAGGCAGACUCAGAGCAUCCUGGACGUCCAGCAGAGGAGCGGCCUGAAGAAGAUCCUGCUGCAGAGAAAGAUGGAGGCGCUGAGCCAGACUCUGGAGAAGAAGGAGGCGCAGCUGAGCGCCGCGCUGUCUGUCUGCAGCGUGGAGCCCACGGCGCGCAGCAACGCCGCCCACAAGCUGCAGGAGAUCCUGGAGUCCAAACGGACCGCCAUGGAGGCUCUGCAGCUGGACCUGGACCAGGGCGCCCAGGAAUACGAUCAGCUGCUGCGCAGCCUGAAGGGCGACCUGGAGGCUGCCGGCAUCUUGCCGUUCCAGUUUCCCUUUAAAGCCACCCAGAAGGUUCUGGAGGAAGUCCGACCGGAUCUGAAAGCCCAACUGGACCGGCACCAGAAGGAUGUUUCCAAAUAAAGUGACAUUUCAGUUUUUAUUCAGUUUGACAUGAAAAGCAGUGGCAUUAUUAUUAAAUUAAAAUGAGUUUGGUUGGAAA